AUGUUUCAGGAGCUCUCCUCGCGGUCCAACAAUGCACAGCCAGAUGAGGACACCGUGCAGGUGCCGAAUGACGCGGAGAGCUCCCAGGAACCCUCCGCACGAGGCAACGCCAAUGCCGAGCUCGAGAAGGACACCGUGCAGGUGCCAACAGACCCUCCAGAUAGCUCGCAGGAGAUAUCCACAAGCCCCACUGAGAGCCCCACUGACAAGGCGAAUGCGGGUGAGGUGGCAAGCGAAUCUCUGCAGGGGUCAGCCGAAGGUCUGAAAGGCGGAAGCGAGGUGCCAGUGAAACCUGAAGCACCAAACGAGGAAUCGCAGCUCGCUCCCUCGAAGCCUUCGGAUGUCCCGGUUGUGGAAGGCUUCAACGCCGUGGAAGAGCUGCCCACGCGCCGACCUGUGAGUGCAACCCUGGCGCCCAUUCCCACUGAGCCAGUACGGGAGCCAGAGGGGGGGCGCUUGCAGCAAGAACCUGCUGCUGAGACUGCUGCCACCAGUGCAGCUUCCCAACGGGCUGGGCACGUGGCCGCUGAAUCGGUGCUGAAGCGUAUGGAGAAGGCCCGGGACGAACCCUCGCCGGAAGACACUGCGGAGGCCGCUGUAUCGAAGACAGAGUCUGAACAGACGUCCGUCAGGAUACCAGUAGCAGUGGCUGCAUCGGAGAGUCCGUCCAAAGAGACGGGGGAGGUGCGGGCGGAAACGGCGGAAGGCUCCCGAGUGCCAAAGCCCGAGGAUGCGUCCGUGGAGGCACCUUUGCCGCCAAAGGUUGCGGCAGCAUCGCCUGAAGCUUUGCCCCCGGCGGUGUCCGACACUACAACCCCUUCGGUGCUUGUAGUUGAAGCGUCGCUCGAGUCGCCUGCAGCCUCCAAGGAGACUGGGCAGGUCCACCUCGAAAGCGCAACGAGGGCACCUGCAGAGAUCCAUCAGCCAGAAGCAGAGCCCGUCUUAAUCGGUCAGGCUGUUGAGACUAGGGCAGAGAUCAAGGCAGAAUCGCCUGCCGGGAGUCCAGUCACGGUGCAGACGCAGGCGAUACCGGGUCCCGUGGUAAUCGACUCGUCCACGGUCCCACCGGUGCUCGUGGAGGGAUCUGCGACCAUAGCUGCUCGUAUAUCGAGUGGAGCAAGCAGCAUCGAGUCUGCCAAGCCUGAGACCGGCGAGGUCACAGUGGCAGAGAAUUUUCCAGAGGCCUCUGCAGAUGUUCGCGUCGAGUCAGAAGAUGUACAGCUGACGGAUGACGCUGCCCAAUCUGCGACUUCGGCGCCAGAUGGGACGAUUUUGCAGCAGGCAGAAGGUGCCAUAACGCGAGCAGAAGCAGGACUCAAAGAAGCCGAGAAGGAGCUGGCAAAGACAGGGGGCCAGGUGCUCGAGCAGGUGCAAAAAGCAGCUGCUGCCGGGCAGGAGGUGCUUCACGAAGUAGAGGAAGAAACCUCUGCAGUCGUUCAAGCAGUCGAGAAGGCAGUCGGCACUGGUGUCACCGGUCAGAUGCCGGCACAGGAGGACGAAGUGACGAUAGCUUCACCAAAGUGA